AUGAAUUGGUUUCCUGGAAGCUUGACUAUGGACUCCGUCAUCACUCGAACUUCCCUUUCUGUUUAUCAAUGUCUUCUUCAUUGCUCAUUGUCCAAUUCUUUGGCUGAAAUCCUUACACGCAAUAAAUUAAUAAACGGGAAAGCCGAUUGGUGUUUCAACUUCAAGCCCAACAAGUUAUUUCAAGUGUUUUCGGCGACGUUGAGGAUGUACUUCAUCAAUCUAAUGCCUGCCAUUGCCUACCUGAUUGACAUGAAUGACCGCACAGAUGGAAUUUAUGGUAUCAAUGAAGCUGUACUAGCCAGCGCUCUGGCGGCCUUGGUCUUUUCACUGUUUAGUGCCCAGCCACUAACUAUCGUUGGAGUGACCGGAUUGAUUAACUUGUUCAAUUACACCGACUACGAUAUAGUCAAAGACCACGGGAUCAAUUACUUGCAAUUCCAAGCUUGGAUGUUAAUAUGGGCCGCCAUAUUCCAUUUUCUAAUGGCAAUAUUCAACUUCUGUGAUUUCACCCGGUUUAUCACGGACAUGACAUCUGAAACAUUCGGUUUCUAUGUUGGUGUGAUCUAUAUCCAAAAAGGGAUUGAACUACUUACUCGGGAAUUCAGUCACUCCGCCACCGAUGGUUGGCUAAGCGUUGUUGUGGCGAUCUCCUUUGCCUUGACUGUUUACUGGGUGGAGAAGAUUCGCAACCGCGGUUUUGGGCCAUUAUGGGCGAGAAGGAUCCUAGCCGAUUACGCGUUUGUCAUCGCGACUGUAUUCUUUACGGGAUUCGUGCAUAUACCAGGAUACUUGAAAUCGGCAGAUUUGACCAAGCUACCGAUCACCCAAUCGUGGAAACCAACCAUUAAUCGCGAUUGGGUUGUGGACUUCUGGAACUUAGAAGCUCGAUGGGUCUUUAUAGCCUUGCCAUUUGGAUUUCUGUUAACCUUGCUAUUUUAUUUCGACCACAAUGUCUCUUCAUUGAUGGCACAAGCACGUCAUUUUCCGGUCGAAAAGCCAGCUGGAUUUCAUUGGGAUUUUUUUCUGCUUGGGGUUACCACGUUCAUUUCCGGUAUUCUAGGGCUACCCGCACCAAAUGGACUAGUUCCCCAAGCGCCCGUUCAUACCGAAAGUCUUUCGGUGCUGCAGCACGUCAGCUCUGACGUUCCGGAUCGCGAUGGAGUUGUGCACCCUGACAUAGUAAAACAAGAUCAAGAACGACGGAGAAGACUUAGGGAGGGUGGGGAAACUGGUGGCUCGGUGGAUAACCAACUGCUGUCUUGCAAAAUCGUCCGAACCGAAGUCGCCGAGCAACGACUGAGUCAUUUGGGCAUUGGGCUUCUCACUCUUGGCACUAUGACUCGACCUUUAUUGGUUACGCUGGGAACGAUGCCCCGUGCUUUAUUUGCGGGAAUAUUCAUUGGAGUAGGGUGGAGCUCGAUAGAAGAUAAUGGAAUCAUCGGAAAGACGCUAUACUUGAUUCGGGAUCCUGAAAUGACGCCGCCAAACCACCCACUAAAUUCGCUGCGAAAGGCAACAAUCUUGAAAUUCAUCGGAAUUCAAUGGUUUACAUUCGCCAUCAUGGUGGCGAUUUCUCAAACGAUUGCAGCCAUAGGGUUUCCCCUUGUGAUCAUUGCUCUCAUUCCAUUCCGAUAUUACUACGGCCCCCGUUGGUUCACUCCUGCUGAACUGAGUUUGCUUGAUUCUCCCACUGCUAACGCUCCUGGUGUCAUGGUCAGCAUUGGCGGCGACUUGUCGAGAGUGACUGGGGAAGGCCUGGAGGUAGCUCCUGAUACAGGCUUCUUGGGCUCCCUUGGUUUCAAUGACAAGCUAAAUCCAGUUGUUCAGGGUGACGGUGACCUGGAUAGGAGGAAGAUUGAAUAA